GUGAUGAUGUCACACCGCACUGAUAGACCAAGGGCUAUCUCCCUUCUACAGACAUUUCAUAAAAUCAGGAACUUCAAAUACAACUUGGAAAGAAGUUCACCUCAGAACCUAUUAGGGCAAACUAUGAAAACUUGUUAGGGUUAUUCUCCUAUCCUGAGAUCCACCACUGCAAAGGGACUUCACGGAGUCCAAGGAUCUCACUUUUGUUCUUUUUUUUUUUUUCUUUCUUUCUUUUUUCUCUUCAUUGUUUCUGUUUGUUUCAUGUGAUUUUUCAAGUCAGUUAUUCUGGAUGUUUGAAAACUGAAUUAAGAAAAAUUCACUCUGAAAUUGGCUGAAUGUUGCAAGCUUGCAAAAUGGAAGGAUUUCCCCUCAUUCCCCCUCCCUCUGAAGAUAUGGUGUCCUAUGAGUCAGACCUCUACCGACAGCCCCAUGACUAUUACCAAUAUCUCAACAGCGAUGGAGAGAGUCAUGGUGAUCAUUACUGGGAAUAUCAUCCACACCACAUGCACAGUGAGUUUGAGACCUUUGGAGAUAACCACUUCACAGAACUGCAGAGUGUACAGCCUCCUCAGCUGCAGCAGCUCUACAGGCACAUGGAGAUUGAACAAAUGCAUGUUUUGGAUUCUGCAAUCCCAACCACACAUAUUGGACUCAACCAUCAGGUAUGGUCACCAACCCCUUAUGCAGUAUUAUGGUGAUGGUUAAGGACAAGG